AUGGAGGAGUUGGUAGAGGAUGACAUCUGUAUUUUGAACCAUGAAAAAGCAGACAAUACUCAUAAGAGAGAUGGGGAGAUUCCUGUUUCAUCUUACAGUGGAGAUGAAUCUGUUGCCUCACACUUUGCACUUGUCACUGCAUAUGAAGAUAUCAAGAAACGACUAAAGGAAACAGAGAAGGAGAACUCCUUCUUAAAAAAAAGAGUGAGAAUUCUAGAAGAGAAGCUGCUCGGCUCACGACUGGAAGAGGAAUGCAGUUCCGUUGGACGGGAACAAGUCAAUAAGGCGUACCAAGCCUAUCGAGAGGCCUGCAUCGACCGAGAUAAUCUGAGAAGCAAACUGGAUAGAUUGAUGAAAGAAAGUGCAGAAUCCUUGAAAACCUUGAAUGAACAGUUGCAGUCUAAAGAAGUAGAGCUGUUACAACUAAGAACUGAAGUGGAAACUCAACAAGUGAUGAAAAAUCUGAAUUGUACUCAGUCCAGUUGGGAACUAGAGAAGCUGAGCAGUGACCUGAAAGUGCAUAGUCUGGAACAGGACCUAGAAAAGCUCAAGCAAGAGUGCAACAGUCUCAGAAAGGAGUUGGAAAAAUCCAAGCAGAAGGACCAGGAUCAAGACGAACAUCGAUUAAAUGGAGACCUCCUUCAAUGGCAAGACAUUCAGAGUGUGCAGCAAGCAUAUCAGGAACUGAAGAGAGAAAUGUCGAACUUGCGCCUGGUGACUGCUGUGCAAACUGAGAUCCUGAGAAAACUGAAAACAAACCCACCAGCACCCAAGAAAGCUGCCUUUACUGCACCAGUACAGUGUGUUGACUUGAACAUUUCAAAGCCGAAUUUGACAUCGGGGGUAGUUUAUAAAAAACUCUCACAAAAUGAUGAAGUGGUCUGCAAUGCCGUGUCUCCCUCUCGGCCAAGAGAUGUAAAAAUCCCCCCUGAAAGGAUGACUCUGCAAGCAUGGACAGAUGAGAGACCCAUUCCAGCUGAUGGCAAAAUGUUUCAGGAACAACAUUUGUAUGGAAAGAGCUCUCUGGAAGAUAAUUCCUGGGUAUUCCCAAGUCCUCCAAAGCCUAAUGAGAAUGUGUUUUGGGAAAUAAAAAGUAAAUCAACUUUGUUAAACUCUCCAGCAGAUUACCUGGAUCAGUGUAAUCAAAACUGUCUGCACAAGAGUUAAAACCAUUUUUAGAAUGAACUGAGGCAUUUUUAGAAUGGUUCUGAAUAGGCACCUUAAUGCUUGAACUUUUGAAGAGGGCAAACAAAUUGCCUGAAAUGUUCUUUAAUUCUAGUUCCAAAAAAGAAAGCCUAGUCUUCCUCUGCUGUAAAUCAGAGCAAGUUCCUUGAAGUUAAAGCUGUGCUGGUAUGUAAAUAUAAAGAAAUCUGGCAUGGGGCCUAGAUAGUCUUGUACUGCAAAUGGCGUACAUUUGCAAAAGAUUACACUGAGAAAAGUGAGUUCUUGAAAUAAAACAGAAUAAUCCAG